UGUUGUUAGAAGAUCAACAAAACAUGCCAAUUGACCAGGGUGCCCAAACUUUUGCAUAACAAUGUAUAUGGAGUAGGUCCUUGUCUAACUGGAUUGGGGAUAAAUUCAGAUUGAUUUUUUUCAGAGUUGGUAGAGUAUUUUAGGGCGCAGAUGAGGCAGGAUCCAGACGUGGCCUCUGCUGUCGCAGCCAUCCGCACUCUACUAGAGUUCUUAAAAAGAGACAAAGGCGAAACCAUCCAGGGUCUGAGGGAGAACCUGACGCAGGCCAUCGACCGACUAACGGGAGUGGACUCCUCUGUGGCCGUGUCCUCAGGAGGAGAGCUUUUCCUGCGUUUCAUCAGCCUCACGUCCCUGGAGCAUGAUGAUCUGUCACGGUGCAAGAAAGUUAUGGUUGAAAGAGGGGAGUUUUUCCUGAAGAAAAUCUCUCUCUCCAGGAACAAAGGCAAGCUGUGCCACACCUUCAUAAAAGACGGAGCGAAAAUCCUGACGCACUCGUCCUCCAGAGUGGUGCUGAGAGUGCUGGAGAAGGCAGCGGCCGAGAAGAAGCGCUUCACCGUGUACGUCACAGAACCUCAGCCAGACUCCGCAGGGAAAAAAAUGGCCGAGCCAUUGAAAAAUCUCAACGUUCCUAUCACUGUAGUUUUAGAUGCUGCCAUGGGGUACAUCAUGGAGAAGGUGGACCUGGUGAUAGUGGGAGCGGAAGGAGUGGUGGAGAGCGGAGUA